AUGAUUGAUAAGAGUUGGAUUGAGAAACCAAUUAACUUGAAAGAGUUCUUAGAUGAGGUAGUCCAAUUUUUGGACUUUGCCUUUUCAAAUGCAUCUAUAAAUGGACAGAUAUUGUGUCCUUGCAUUAUAUGUGGAUUUCAUCGUAUGCUUGAUAGAAAUGAAAUGUUUAGUCAUCUACUUCAACAAGGAUUUCCAAGGAAGUACACUUCUUGGUAUAUGCAUGGGGAAAAAUAUAUUAAAUCUGUAUCCCAAGUACAAGAAGAACCAGUUAGACAAUAUCCAAUGCAAGAUAUGUUAAAUGAUGUUUUUGGUGUCUUUGUUGAUAAUGGAAUUCAAGAUUCUAGUCCCUCAAACAUACCUAACAGUGACCACUCUAGGGGUACAGAAGAUGCAAGUAAAGAAGAGCUAGAAAAAAUUAAAGAGUUGCUACGGGAUGAGAAUCAAGAUCUCUAUAAUGGAUGCACAAAAUAUAACAAAUUGUCAUUCAUUGUUAGAUUGUAUCAUGUAAAAGUCUUAUGUGGUGCACCUGAUAAGACAUUUUCAAUGAUUAUUGAGCUAUUAUAUGAUGCUUAUCCGUAUGCUAAACUACCAACAUCUUUUUAUGAGGGAAAAAAGAUGAUCAAGAGGUUGAAAACAAAUGAAAACGGUGGUGGUGAAAAUGAUUUGACGGAAGGAAAAAAGAAAAAGAAACCUCAACCAGAAAACGUAUUGCGAUAUUUUCCUCUUAUACCUAGGUUGAAAAGGCUAUACAUGUGCUUUAAAACUGCAGAGUUGUUGAAAUGGCAUGCUAUGGGGGCAAACCCAGAUGGGUUGUUAAGGCAUCCAAGAGGUAGUAAAGCUUGGAAAGAGUUUGAUUUAUUGUAUCCAGACUUUGCUUCAGAGAAUGGGGAUUUAUUUUAUCUUGUUGAGAUGCUGUUUGUUUGGUGA